AUGAAUCUGCUGAGAGAAGAUGCAGCCCAGCUGCAGGUGGAGCAGAAGGUGCCUCUAAGUUCUGACAGAGAAGCAUCACCUCUCAGGAGGGGCCAGGUCCAGGUGGAGGGGUUGCCAUGGUUCAGGUGCCUAAGGCGCCUGAUCAGCUGCAACAAGGUGGCCCCCUUGGAAGUCCUGGAGCAGCCCGCGGUGUCAGAUGUGCUAGGGAUCGACAUCCCUUCCAUUGCGCUGCUAGACAAAGAUCAGCUUUAUCUCCUGGGCAUCAUCCAGGCCUGCCAGGCAGCUCGGCUCAGGGGGCUCCGAACCCUGAAGUACUCCAAGGAGGAGACGGCCAAAGCCAUUCUGGACAUCCUCGGCCACUUGGAGUACUUCAGGGAUCGCCCCCUGAGCCUGGCCCUGGCCUUUGAGACCCUCCUGCAGUUGAGUUUUAUGAGACCCCAGUUCAGUCCCUCUAUGGUCAGUGCUAUCCUCCAUAGAACAACAGAGGCAGUUCUGGGGAGCGCAGAUGAGGACAAAGAGGAACUGAAGAGGCCAUUCCAGAGCCUGCUGGGGGGUUUCCUCCUAGAAGCCCCCAAUACUGGCAGCCUUCUCCAGUUGCUUACCGACCUCCGAUAUUACGCCCUUUUGGGGAGUGAAGACCAAAGGAAAUUAGCGGCCAGCAGUAUAUCCCUGCUGCUGGCCCUUUCACGAAGAUUCCCGAACCUCAGAAACACAGUAAUUCGGCCGGAGCUGGCUUGUUUCAGGAAUAAUCUGAAAGAAGGUAAGCCCCACACCUUGGGGACAGUGAACUCCCUUGUCCCUUGUUUGCCCAAGACACACCUCCCAGGUCUUCUUGCUGGGAGUCCUGCAGGACCUGCUCCCUGCCUGGCAAGCCUUUCCCACCUGGCCUGGGAGGGCAGCACCCAGACUGAAUCCAGCUACAAGAAGCGGAGAGGACUGAACUGAUUUUCUAUCUUUUUCAUUCUUUUCCAUCCAGAUGACAUCAUCAUUGAGGAGUUAUAAUUUUCCUCCCUGAAGGAAUUGCUGCUCUAUUUGGACGUCUCAAUUGGCCAAAGGCUGGCAGAAGAAGAGGCGCUGAGAAUCAGGAGGGGGGCAGAUGAUUUAACCAGCCAUGAAAUAUGGACUGAGAUUGGGCAGAACAAGAAAGAAAGAAAGAAUCCAUGACAGACGGUCAUCUAAUCUCUGCUUGAAAACCUGCAAGGAAGGAGAGUCCAUCACCGUCCAGGGGAGUCCAUUCCUCUGUUGAACAAUGUUCAGUCGGAAUCUCCUUUGUUGUAUCCUGAAGCCAUUGGUUCGAGUCCUACCGUCCAGAGCAGGAGAAAAAAAGCUCGCUGCAUCUUCCAAGUGAAAAUGGCUCUCUCUGGUCUCACUGGAUCAAGCUGAUCCAUUUUCUUGCAUUCCUUAAACUAAACAGUUUUUAAUGGAUUUUGAAUAAAAGUGCAAUAAUUUGCUACUAUCCUGAAUUUCAUUGUGUUAUUGUCUUCCAUUGAUCUGGACACUUUUCUGUUGUUGCAGCCUAAAAUAGCAUGAGCAUUUUUUGCUGCUGCAUCACUCACGGGUUGACUCACGUUAUGCUUGUGGUCCACUAAGACCCCUAGAUCCUUUUCCCAUGUACUACUAGCAAACCAGGUAUCCCUCAUCUUAUAUUGGUGCAGCUGGUUCUUCCUGCCAAAGUGCAGAACCUUAGAUUAGUGCCUAUUGAAUUUCUUUUUG